AUGCCGAAACAUCACCCGCAACGAAUACAUGAAUUAGGCGUCGCAUGGAGUAAAACAAUUCUUUACAUGACACUACCAAUAUUAGAAAACUUCCCAUUGUUCAAUUAUACAAAGAAAACCAUAGUUCGAGGUAGUCAUUCCCUUUUUGUCUACUUUUUUUAUUGCAGGUGUUUGAUUGUUGAGCACAACAUGUUUCAGGACCACCCGGAUGCUAAUGACGAACGUAAAUAUCCAGAUAUCAAACGCAACCCGCUGCACGAAGUGACCAAGACUUCUUAUAUCCUAGGUGUCCUGCUGGGUAUAUCUUUAGGGCUUUUACCACAAAUCAGGUUUAAGAAUUUCAAUAUUUUUAUCAUUGCUCUGUCCUUGUUUCAUUUUCUGGAGUAUUAUAUUACGGCAAAGUAUAACCCUCUCAAAGUACACUCAGAGUCAUUUCUUUUGAAUAAUGGAAAGAGUUAUAUGGCGGCUCAUUCUUUUGCCAUUUUGGAAUGCCUCAUAGAAAGUUUACUCUUUCCCGAUUUGAAAAUUUCCAGUUACUCUCGAAUAACCCAAUUAUGCACCAUACUUGGAUGCAUCCUAAUUAUUCUGGGACAAUAUAGUAGAACCACUGCCAUGCAUGCUGCGGGGCAUUCGUUUUCACACAUUGUGAAGACCAAGAAGGAGCCUGAUCAUGUGUUAGUGAAAACAGGCAUUUAUGCAUGGUCAAGACAUCCAAGUUAUUUUGGUUUCUUUUGGUGGGCUAUUGGCACUCAAUUACUUCUUCUAAAUCCCAUAUCACUGGUUAUUUUCAUUUCUGUGCUCUGGAAGUUUUUCAAUGAUAGAAUUCGCAUCGAGGAAAAAUAUUUGGUAGAGUUCUUUGGCAGAGAUUAUAUAGACUACAAGAAAGAAGUCAGUGUCGGAAUACCAUUAUUGUAG